AUGAAACCGCAGAAAUCUACGACUCGUCUAGUGGAGGGUCCCAAGACCCAACCAUCGUCAUCAUCCACUGCAGUGCCAUCUCCAACCAAUCAUCAAGCAACGAAAAGCAAGAAUAAAAGCAUGAAUCGGGCAAGUUUAAACCAUUCUUUUGAAAAGAAGACUUCGGAGAGAGGUGGCACAGAUAGCCAUCAUCAGGAACAACCUCAAACAUCAACACUCACAGAUCAACAAAUAGGUCCUCAAGGUCACUCUGAUUCAACAACGUUGUUGGAAGCAGCACCAUCGGAGGAGGAAAAAGCGAGAAUAUUAGUGGCCUUGGAUGAGGACGGAAGAAGGAGCAAGGCAUCCACAACAACAACAACGACCACAACACCAACUCCUCAGCCCAACACCAACUCGCCAUCAUUUAAUGUUGACAACAACCUUAACGACCAUACAUUGCAACAAGAACAGGAGGAAAAUGAUGAAUUUAAUAUUCGAACCAAAGAUUAUGACGAUCCUAUCAUUGAUCCCAAUGAGGUCAAUAACAGUAGUGAAUUGAAAGUUGACCCUUCUCAUACAGAGUUGGAGACUUCAAAUUCACUCACAGAUAUUGUGAAAAACAGAGUAGAUCAUUCACUUGCUGGAAUUUACUUGAGCGAUGCUGCUGUAUCAAAUAAUAACUUGGGCAACACUGCUGCUCAGCAGCUCGAAGACGACGAAGACGUACUUGAUAAAGAAAUUAGAGAAAUGCGAAAAUCAGCUCAAGAAAUCGAAUACGACGAGUUGGAAGGUCUCAUUGAUCGACCUGAAAAUCAAAUCCUCAAACAGCAAUAUUUCUCAUACCAACAACCUCCAGUCUCUUCCAACCGUUUCAUACCCUCACCUUCGACCAGCAAGACUACCAGUGAAAAGGUAUCAUCAAACGACACUUCUGAAUCUAAUUCACAUUUCACCAGUACUUCGUCGUCACGGUUUGCUACCAGUCAAAGUGACAGAAAAUCUCGUGCUGACAGUGCACAAGAUCAGUACCUCAAACCUCAUGAUCGUCUGAGUCCUGGAUACAAUAACAUGUCUCGUGCUUCUUCGUCAUUCUCUAUGGAUUCAAGUAUAAGCCAAGAUGAGACCCCAAAUGAACAAGAUGACGCAGAAGCUCAAGAAAAAACUUAUGAGGAUGAGACUUUUCGAAGAUACUUGAAAAUUCCUCCUGAAGAAAGGGAACGGCUCAAGAAUCGUCAAGCAGAGCUUCCAAUUCGAUUCGAUGACUUUAUUGCCCUUCAUGGCUACUCAAAACAUGAACAAAAAAUUAAGAGAGAAAAGCGAGACGAUUACAUGCAUGAUGCCCUUUCUUUUAUUGAAAAGCAAUAUUUCACCUAUGAAUAUGAAAAGGAGUUUCUUACUGAAGAACCUUCUCCUAGGCCACUACUUUUGGAAAAGGAAAAAAAGAAGAAGCGAAAGAAGAAAAAAGUGAACGAGCUCGAAGAUUAUGACGAUCAUGUUGCAAGCAUGACCAAACCACAAUUCCAAUCUCAUUCCAUUGCAAAUAAGCAGUUUCGAGAGAUGCAAAGAAAAAUGCAAAACAGACGAAAGAACAAACAAGAAGCUCUACAAAAGCAUAUAAGAGCCACAGAAGAAAUGGUGGAAAAAUCCCAACGACGGUCGAAAAUAUUUGGAGAAUGGGCACAACAACAAGGAAUUAUUACUAGUGAUGUGUCAAACAUUAUUCCCAAGUUACAAUUUGAGCAAGAGGCAAAGGAGGAUCAUGAGUCAACUUCUACCAACAGCAGCUUUUUCCUUACUGAGGGCAAUGACGAAAAUUUGGCCAGCAAUAAUGUGUUGGAACGAAGACCAAAAAUCAAGCAACGUUAUAUUCCAGCUGAUCCCAAGAAGUUUGACACGUCAAAGUAUCACCGACCGAAAACAGAUAGACAACAUCACAACAAUGCUGGACUCGAGAGUGCCAUACGCGUAUGUUCAUCCCUUAAUUACAAGGACAAUGGAUUAACCUCCAGAAUGCCGAGUAUUAGUAGAUGUUCCAAUCAAUCAGUUGGAUACAUUAGCUUUUGGGGAAAAGCAACCAUUCCAAAACGUCAAAAGACCACCAUUCGAGUCAUGGAUAGCAUUACGAGCAACAGAGAUAUUGGAACCAUAUUGAAUCCAGGAGGAGGAAAACCACUCACCAUUUCGGAUCAUUUACCAAAAAUUUAG